GUAGUAGCCUGGUCUGGUCUAUCUCUCGUGACCAACUUGCAUAAUCUUGUCCUGGUCAGGCGAUCUCAGAGAGAGAGAGAGAGAAGAUGUCGUUUAGAGGGAGCUUGUUCUUCUGCUUGCUGCUGCUGCUGCUGCUGCUGCUCCAAGAUUCGGCGACGCUGUGUUGGGGACGGCCCACCGCUGCGCUUGGCAUUGCAUCAGAUUAUGAAGAUGAAUGGAUGGUGGAAGGAAGAUCUUUGAAAGUGAGAUUGAACGACUAUGAUGUUCCAUCGGCGAACCGUAACCAUGACCCUCCAACUCCAGCUAAGAAGGUCAGCAGCGGCAAUCGUGGCGGCAGGAGAGGCUGAUAACGGCUGAACUCUUUCUUCCUUAUUGACAGGAAAUCAAACUUGUAUAACCUUGGGUGUCAGUUUUCAUACAUACUUGAAUCUUCUUCGUUCUACUGGGGGGUGAAAUACAUGAUGCAGUGACUUGUUUGAAAUGUUAUCUUUAUCAUUUUAUUGUUGCAA